CAACAAUUCACACCCCAUAUGCACUCGCAUCAUAAGAUUAGUUCCCAAGUUAUCGAGUUUUGUACGUACCCUGAGGUAUUAGCCGCUUACCAAUCGGAUUUGACUCAGACUUGGUAAUCUGCAAUUUGAGAAAACUAGCCUAUUCUGGCAUCCUUGCCGCUGCCAUUGUUUAGGGCUGCAGGCUCUAAAAGCAUCGGAAUUUCUAGUUCUAUGCGUGCCCUACAUCACGAUUCAUAACCCGGCGGGGGCCCGUACAAACCAGAAAGAGCUCAAUCCCUACCUUGGUCAGAUCUUAAGGAUCCAAAAGUUUUGCUGAGACUUCCAGGAUAGUUCUGAAAAGCGAGCCACGGUUGGUCUUACGAAUUCUUUGGCUAACGACUCAUUGUCGUGGUGUAAGCCCAACUAGGAAGGGUUCAUCAAGGUGGCCACACCAACUCCUCGGUAUUAUACAACGGGCUGUACGUUAGCUUUCCCAAAAAAGUACCACCAAUAUGGGCCGCCCGCCGACAAGUGGAUACUGUGACACCUGUCGAAAGAGGAGGAUCAAGUGCGAUCGAACCCGCCCAUCUUGCCAAAGAUGCUUCAAAGCCGGCUACGUAUGUGAGGGCUACAACCAACCCCUGCGCAUCCAAAACCACGUCAUCGGCACCGACGCGGGCGGCAGCCAGCGCCUCGUCCGUGCCACGGGUUCCACAAGCACGCUGAAGCAGGGCCCACCCUCAGAGCUGAGUCUCAUUGCCUUCCAGGAGCAGAUGGCUUUCUCGCAUUUCUUCUCCACUUACCGCUGGGCGCACUUCUGGCGGCCUAUAAUGAAGACGGCGGAGCCGGAUGGGGGUGCGGCGGUUGACUACACGUGGGCGGUUGAAAGGAGUCUCGGCCUCGCCCACAACCAGGGUGUUGCACAGAUACUCCAACACUGUGGUCCAGAGUGGUUUCAAAACGAGCCUUUCCUUACAAUAUUCAGGUCGUGCAGAGCUCUACUGAUCUGUCAAGGAUUUGCCUCAAAACAAUCAUCAUUUCUUGCGGAAGGGCGAUGGAAGACAGUUCCGUGGAGUCAUGCCCCGAAAACGUCUGAAGACCAACUAGUCGACAUUCUCGCUGAGCUACCUGAUAUAACCCGACAUUUCGCUAUACCAGGUCAUGUUCUCGGACCUAAAGAUAGAGCGGACCUGAUUGUUAAAUCCGACAACUUGUCAGCCCAGCUUGCAAGGUGGCGAUCAAAAUGGGAGAACACUCAUCAGGGGAUGGCAAUCGAAGUACCCCAGGGACUUGACACCUCGGGGAUCCUCGAGCCGGUGCAAGAAUUGCUGUCAACAAGCAUCGCGUUCCGAGGCUUGGGUCCGGCCUUGGAGAUCUUCAACUACAAUGCCUCCCUCAUUUAUCUCAUGCGGCUUCGGCUUCUUAUGCCCGAUACAUUUGAUCACCUUCGUUCACUGCCUCCAGUCGACAUGGACUACGUCAAGCAGACGGCCGGCAAACAACGACAGUCACCACUUCUCUUGCCCGAUGAAACAAAGUUUCUUCUUCAACCAGCAAUCGAAGCUUUUCGAAUACUACCGUACCUGCAGGAAAGCCUUACUAAAACCAAUGUCAAAGUGAUGGGUACUUUGGAAUCAAUGGGAAUAUUGUACAACUCAGUGAUGGAUAUGCCAGAGCUAGCAUCUUUACUGCCAUUACUGGACAGGAUAACAUUCUUUCAGGAUGGACAGAGAGAGUUGGCGGCAUUUAAUCUUCCUGCAUGGGUUAUUGGAAGGGAUCAUCCAUUUUCACAAGAGUAGAUUAUGCUCUUCGACUUUAGAUAACUGUUGAUUUCUGCCUCAAAGCUUCUGGUCGUUCCCUUCGUAGACACGGCAACUAAGAAAUCCUCAAAUAGGGGUUGAAUACUAGAACAGAAGCACAGAGCUGACGAGAUAGUUAAAAGCAAGGAUUAAACAGUAUCCUUAAUUAUUAUUUGGCAUUGAGGCACGGGAUGGAGUUCGCUCCUGACAAGAGUGAGCUAAUGCACUUUACUAGGGUCCGAGAGCCGUUGCCGCAAAGUAUUCGCCUUGGGGACGCCACA